AUGGAAUCCGUACGGGAGUUUUAUAAAGGAAAAUCAUUAUUCAUAACUGGCGCGUCUGGGUUUAUGGGGAAGGUUCUGCUUGAGAAGUUGAUGUACUCGUGCUCCGACAUCAAGGAAAUCUUCAUUCUUAUGCGACCAAAACGUGGAAAAUCUGGGCUUGAAAGAGUCCAAGACUUCGCGCAGCUUCCGGUGUUCCACUUGGCAGCUUCUCUUAAACUUGAAGCUACUUUGAAGCCAAACGUUGAAAUGAAUCUUACAGGAACUAAAAAUGUUAUUGAAGUUUGUCGGAAUAUGCCACAACUUUUGACACUUGUUCACUUAUCGACUGCAUUCUGUAGUUGCGAUCAGAAUGAAUUACAAGAAGAAGUUUAUGAUUGGCCACAAAAGCCAAUGGAUUUGAUUCGUUGUGCAGAGUGGAUGACCGAAGAAGCGAUGAAUGUUAUGGGACAAAAAAUUAUCGAACCUCAUCCCAACACCUACACUUACACGAAACGUUUGGCUGAGAUUCUUGUACGUGACGAAUUUCCAAACUUGCCAGUUUGCAUUGUUCGACCAUCAAUUGUUACGCCAACUUACAAAGAGCCAAUGCCAGGUUGGGUUGACUCAUUAAAUGGCCCGAUUGGCAUAAUGGUUGCAGGCGGCAAGGGUGUAAUGCGAUCGAUGAUGUGUGAAGCAGAAUACACAUCUGAAGUGAUACCAGUCGAUCAAGCCAUUAGUGGAUUGAUCACAAUUGCUUACACUGUGGCUACAAUGAAACAAAAACCGAGGAAUAUUCCAGUCUUUAAUGUUACAUGUUCCGAAAAGAAGCGAAUGACUUGGGGCACUGUUCUAAAUACGGGAAAACGUAUCAACUACGAAUAUCCAUUCGAAGCGGGGUUGUGGUAUCCAAAUGGAAAUAUUACAAUGAAUGUUGUUAAGCAUUACACAACCUUAUUCAUCUGUCAAUGGAUUCCGGCAUUGUUAAUUGAUUUUCUGAUGUUGAUCUUCUUCCAACCGCGUUUUAUGAUUCGCGUUCAGAAGAAAAUUUAUGUUGGACUUGGCGUGCUUCAGUUCUUCACAACUCGUCAAUGGGAUUUCCGUUCGAAUAAUUUCAAGGAAAUUUAUCGUAAGCUAUCGCCGGAAGAACAAAAAAUAUUCAACAUGAACACGGAAGAAGUGGAGGAAAAUGAAUAUUUGAAGAAUUGCAUUCUUGGUGGUCGUCAAUAUUGUUUGAAAGAACCACUUUCGACGCUUCCAAAAGCUCGAAUGCAGUUGAAAUUUUGUUUCAUUCGAUUUUGUGAACUGUUGCCGAUAAGUCGCAUUGUGUGUGAUCAUAGUCAGUUCGUCUUAUCAAUCAAAAUGGAAUCAGUGAGAGAAUUUUUCCAAGAAAAGUCCAUCUUUGUGACUGGUGCUUCGGGAUUUAUGGGAAAAGUUUUACUUGAAAAGUUACUUUACUCGUGUUCAGAUUUAAAACAAAUUUUCAUUUUAAUGCGUGAAAAACGUGGAAAAUCGGGACCUGAACGUGUUAAAGAGUUUUCAAAUUUACCACUGUUUCAUCGAUUAUUGGAAGAGAAACCAGAAUCAUUAAAUAAAUUGGUCCCCGUUUAUGGUGAUAUUUGUUCAGUUAAUUUUGGAUUAUCCGCGAGUGAUUUAAAGCGCGUCAUUGAUGAGACGAACGUCAUCUUCCACAUGGCAGCGACAGUGAACUUUGAAGCGCCGUUAAAAAAUGCCAUUGAAAUGAAUGUUAGAUCAGUGCAAUACAUUAUUGACAUGGCUAAACAAAUGCCAAAUCUGAAAGUUAUGUUGCAUCUCUCAACUGCAUUCUGUUGUGUCGAUCAAGAAGUGCUACAUGAACAAGUUUACGAUUGGGAUGUUGACCCAAAGAAACUCAUAAGUUUCUGUGAGUGGAUGGAUCAACCAGCAAUGGACACUUUAGGAGAUUCAAUCAUUAAACCUCAUCCUAACACUUACACAUUUACAAAACGAGUAGCUGAAAUUCUCGUACGAGAUGAAUAUCCAAACUUACCACUCGUCAUUGUUCGACCAGCAAUCGUGGUUCCUGUUUACAACGAGCCGUUGCCUGGAUGGGUAGAUAACUUAAAUGGCCCUGUGGGGAUUAUUCUUGGGGCUGGAAAAGGCGUCAUUCGAUCAAUGCUUUGUGAUGGUACAGUUCAUGCUGAAGUUGUACCCGUCGACUAUGCUAUUAAUGGACUUUUACUUGUUGCUAGACGAAUCGGAAUAUUGAAAGAGAAACCAGAGAAGAUCCCCGUCUUUAACAUAACAGUACCAGAAAGAUAUCGACACACAUGGGCACAACUGCUGGCUGAAGGGCGAAGAAUUUUCCUCGAUUAUCCUUUUGAAAUUGGAAUUUGGGUGAUAUUCACUCAAUGGCUUCCAGCUUAUGUUGUUGAUUUCUUUUGCGCGUUGACUGGUAGGAAGCGAUUCCUCGUUAAAAUUCAGAAGAAGAUUAGUAUGGGAAUGAAUAUGCUUCAAUAUUUCACAAUGAGAAAAUGGGAUUUUCGAAUGGAACAAUUCGAUUUCUUAAGAGAAGGAUUAACAGCUGACGAGAAUCAAAUCUUUCCAACUGAAGUUGAGAAAUUCGAUCAUGAAAAUUAUUUAAAGAACUGCAUACUCGGAGGUCGAAUGUUUUGCUUGAAAGAACCUUUAUCAACACUUCCAAAGUCUCGUGUGCAAUUAAGAAUAUUACGCAUGUUCAAGAGAAUCAAUGAAGAGAAACCUGAAAUAUUACAAAAGAUUGUCCCAGUUUUUGGUGACAUUACUCAUCCAAAUUUUGGUUUAAGUGACGAACAACUUGCGAAGGUUGUUGACGAGUCAGAAAUUCUUCUUGGACCUCAUCCCAACACUUACACUUACACCAAAAGAUUAGCAGAGAUUCUCGUCGAAAGGGAAUACAAUUCACUUCCAGUGUGCAUUGUUCGACCAUCAAUUGUCACACCAGCGUUCGAAGAACCACUCCCAGGAUGGGUUGACAAUUUGAAUGGGCCAGUUGGAAUUAUGAUUGCUGCAGCCAAGGGAGUCUUGAGAACACUUUUGUGUAAUGGUGAAUAUUGUGGUGAAUGUAUUCCAGUUGAUUUUGCUAUCAAUGGACUCAUCGGCAUUGCAAUGAACGUCUCGACACAGAAGGAAAAGUCAAAGGAAAUUCCCGUGUUUAACGUCACUUGUAAUCCCGGGUCAAAACGACCUUGGGGCGAGGUUCUUAUGGAAGGUCGAAAGAUGAAUGAAUUGUAUCCAUUCGAAGCUGGCUUAUGGUAUCCAGGUGGUGACAUUACAACCAACAAAUUCGCACAUAAAUUAAAUGUCGCUUUGUUCCAUUGGGGGCCAGCUUAUCUCAUCGAUGGUUUAAUGUUCUUGUUUGGUCAGAAACGAUUCAUGAGACGAGUUCAACAGAAGAUCUCGCAAGGUCUUGACGUGAUAACAUUUUUCACUACACGUGAGUGGGUUUUUGAUGCCACCAAAUUCUUGUCAGUUUAUAAACAAAUGGAACCGGAAGAUCAGAAAAUAUUUUAUAUGGACACGAUCACAAUUCCAAAAGAACGCGAGCAUGAUUAUCUUCGUGACACAAUGUUGGGUGGUCGUCAAUAUUGUUUGAAGGAACCACUUUCAACACUUCCAAAAGCUCGAAUCCAACUGAAAAUCAUGUACUGCUUGGAUCGCUUCUGCAAAGCUUUGUUCUUCUAUUACAUGAUUAAACUCUUCCUUAGUCUCACCGGUUUCGAUGUCAUCCUCUCAGAUUUCAUUGAUGAGUUGAAAAACAACGUUUCAAAGCAGUAUUUAAUCACAUGUUUGAAGUAUAAGAUGUUGCUUCAAGAAAUUUCGAGUUUCUUCUUUGCCUUUUUUGUUGUGGGGCUUGGAGUCUUAUCCAACUAUUUCCUGCAUCGUCUCGAUGUUAAGCCACUUAAAAUUAUUCAAGAAGAGAAUAAUUCAGAUCGUUUUAUUGCUGAACGCGCUUAUAUGAAUCUAAAAACUCUCAAUGACUUCGGUCCAAAAGUGGUCGGUAGUGAUGCUAACGAAAUUCUGGCUUUUAAUUACAUUUUUGACACACUCAAUGAUAUUAGAAAUAAUUCGAAGUUAAAAGAUGAAAUUAUUGUUGACACUCAAGUUGUUUCAGGUCACAACUUUGUUAGUGCAUCUUAUGAAAAUCUCCAAAACAUUGUUGUGAGAAUUCAAGGAGAGAUUGAUAAUGCAAUGAUGAUGAAUUGCCACUUCGAUUCAGUUCCUGGAAGUCCCGGUGCAUCUGAUGAUAUCGUCAUGUGCUGCGUGAUGAUUGAAAUUUUCAGAGUGCUGGCGAAUUCCAACCACAAGCAGAAAAAUUCGAUUAUUUUUCUAUUCAAUGGUUCAGAAGAAGAAGACUUACAAGCUGCCCAUGGUUUUGUCACCCAACAUCGAUGGGCUAAAGAUAUCACUGAUUUUGAAAUUUUCAGGGACUUUGGGGAAACUCAGGGAUUGGAUUUUGCUUACGUCGAAGGUGGUUGGAGAUAUCAUACGCGAUACGACAGCAUUGAAUACAUAACAAUGGAGUCAGUUCAAUAUACCGCAUUAUCAGCUGUUGCUUGUUACUUGAUGGCAAUGAUUAUGAAUGCAGUUGAUAACACCAUGAGUUACUUCAACGUCACUUUUCUUUCUAUUGGAGUUUAUGGAUCAUUAGCGUUACUCGUUCAACUUGCAACUUAUCAAUUGGUUGAUUUUUUGAUUCAGUUUAUCAGGAAAAAGUUUUCAUCGGAGAAGAAAAUUUCGGAAGACAAACGAAGACGUUUGAUGAUCCAUUUAAAUGGAAUUAAUUUAUUCUGGGCUGUGAUAACUUUAGCAAUCACAACAUUGGGAUAUCGAUUCGCUUACAUCACAAUGGUGAUGCUUUUCGUGUCAUUUGGCACCCAAAUUAUCAUUUAUGGAGCUUGCAAAGUUCUUCCCAAAACAAGAUUCCACAGUUGGAUUUUCAUUCAUCUGUUAGGUCACAGCUUCCUUUUCUUAUGGCUCUGCUACAUGAUGAUUCAAGUUUGGGAACUUUUCAUACCGAUCACUGGCAAAGCAUAUUAUCCAAAUCCCGACAUCACCAUUGCAUUGAUUUGUACACUUUGGACAGUUCUUUGUCUCAGUUAUUUUUUACCACUCACAACUCUCGUUCAAUAUCGAGGAAUUUUAUAUUCGAUGAUAAUCACAACUUUCUUAGUGUCGUUAAUCAUUUCGUUAACUUCAAUAGGAUUUCCAUACAGCGAUAACCGUUCAGAUCCUAAACUUCAACGAUUCAGAGUCAUUCAUUCGAAACGAACUGUUAUUGACUACAAUUCUGGUGAAGAAACUUAUACUGACAUUGGCUAUUUGCUUUCUACGAUCGAUAGAAAUGCUUUGCGAACAUUGGAAAUGAGUUUUGAUCCAAAUGAUCUCUCAGAUUAUAAGGAAGAUGCAAAAUGCAAAGAGUUGUCCUAUUGCGGUUUUCCAUUGUAUCGAUUUAUUGACGGAAGAUAUUUGAAAGGAAACGAACCACCCACGCUUCAACCAACAACUAUUGAACUUCUCAAAUUUUCUCGUAACAGUUCACAUAUUGACGUAGAAUUUUCUCUACAACUUACAACAUUAACAAUGAUUUAUGUGACUCCAGGAAAAGGAUGGACAUAUAGUGUUGGAAACGUUCCUACCUCCAAUCUAAUAUGGAAUGCCAAACCUUUUGUAUACUCGAAAAUAACUUAUGGGAAAAGAAUAGAUAAACCUUGGAUUUGGUCUUUUACUUUAGAAAAUUCGCUUGGAGCGGAUGAAUCAAAUCCAGUCAGCAUAUCAAUAGCAACAAUCGAGUCGGUAUUUGAAAAAGCAUCCGAGUUUUCUCAAGUUAUGUCAAAAUUCCCCGAUUGGACGUUCUCGAUGGA